AUGGAACGUGGAGGUGAUCAACAACUGUGCGUGCCCCAUCAGCAACCUGGUCGUUUCAUGCAAAGGAUUCGCCAACACUCUGCCAGUAAAUCCGGCUCUGUUCAUGCAAAGGAUAUCACAGGCUCAAAAUGGCGGCGCUUAUGGUAUCUCGUACACAUUCCGACGCUCAAAAUGGCGGCCGCCGGAACCCGGACUCUCGAAUUCACGAUCCUCUCAGCAGAGGACCUCCGCCUCGAGGGGAGACCCGUCAAGAAGAACGCGUUCGCCGUCGUGAAAACCGACCCGUUCUUCAAUUCCAGGUCGACCAGGGCGGAUUCCGACGGCGGGAGCUACCCUCAGUGGAACGAGAAGGUUGUCGUCGAGAUGCCAAUUCCGCCGGCCAAUUCGGUGACAUUGGAAGUCCGAUCUGGAAACAUAGUGGUCGGAGCGGCAAUUCAAGUUUUUGUGAUAAUUUCUUUUUUUCAUUUUUUAUAA